CGCAGAACGUGAGCAGCAGCAGCAGGUACAAAUAUAGCAUAGGUUUACGGACACACAUCUAGAGUUCCCACGCCUGCCAGCGCUGGCCUGAGCACCGAGGCGUGACAUCGCACCAGAGCUCUUGUACCAUGGUGCCUACCAGGCAGCGAGCAACCAGAGCGGCCGCCGCCGCCCUUAUCGCAGCGAGCAUCUGCUGUAGGCACACCGCGGCAGAAGCUUUCACCAGCAGCAGCAGAAGCCGUGGCGCUAGCAACCACCUUGCGUUUGCGCCAGCACAUGGUCAGUCUUGGCUUGCGCAACCACGCGCCAGCCACCAAUCGGCAGCUUCUUCCACGGGACGCGGCCGCCGGAUUGACGUUCGAGAGCGCAGGAGCCACGGGUAUGGGCCGGGGGCAGCUGCCCAUUCUGUCUUCGAAUUGCCGUCGGCUUGGGGGAGAUCAGCAAGGAGCAGGCAAAGGGGCCGCGGUAGCAGCACUAGCAAGCUAUCGAUGAUGGCUUCCGUCGAAGAUGCCGGGGACGCGUCCAGUUCUCUUGAGGGCGACGAGGAGGUCGAGCCCUUCAUGCCAGCCCCGCUUCAAGGCGCGCUUCCGGCGGAAUGGCAGAAGAAGCUCUCGCAGAUCAACAAGGACCCGGCGAAGCUCACCUUCUUCAUGAACGCUGCCGUGGUGUUCCUCUUCGCGGCAUUUGCGGCGUUCAAGCUGGCCACCGUCGACGGCGACAUCGCGAGAGGGUGGACGUGGUACGAGGUACUGCUCCGGGUACCCGGGGAUAAUUUUUACCGUUACGAGGCGACAGUUUCGGAGAGCCCCAUCGUCACGAAGGCCCUCACCUCUUGCGUGGCGUACGGCUUGGGCGAUUUCACGGCGCAGCUCUUCACGGGCAAGACCCUCGAAAAUAUGGACUUGAUGCGGACGGCACGGUCGGCGACAGCUGGCCUCCUCAUCCAUGGCCCUCUGUGCCACUUCUGGAUCGAGCUCAUGCAGACCUAUUUGGAUUUCGAUGGGGCGUGGUGGAAUUUCAUCCCCAAGGUGAUCGCGGACCAGACUGUGUGGUCCGUGUUCCUGAACGCGGCGUACUCGACGAUGAUCAUGAGUCUGCAGGGGUUGCCGAAGGAAGAAGUUUGGGGUGAGGUGAAGAGCAAGGCGUGGCCAGCCUUGACCUCCAGCUGGCGGUUCUGGCCCUUGAUACACUGCUGCUCCUUCAGCAACGCUAUCCCCAAGGACCUCAAGCUUCUGUUCAUCGACUGCAUGGAGAUCAUCUGGGUGACCAUCUUGUCCACGGUGGCCAACGGGGACCGCCAGGCCGAUCCUGCGGAAGGCGAAAUGGUGCCCGCUAUGGCAAGUGGUUCGACCAUGCCCAAGGGGGACGAAGGCGGUCUGGGCGGCACUCCUGUGGCGAAGAAGACGGAAAAGAAGGGUGAGGUGGUACACCGUUAAAAGCGAUCAGUCCAUCGGUUGUUGGGAAUUAUUUAGGGCGCCACCGAGCCCGACACUAUUGGAGCUGCUUGCUGCCUGCUGUUGCUGCUGGGCCGUAGUGACUUGGACGGAGGCGCCGAAAGCAUGUUUCUCCUUGGCACCUAUGGGCGCGGCCGGGCGCGGAGGCCAGGUUUCGCCGAGUUUGUUGGCGGGGCAGGGGAACGUGCCCCGCUCACGUGGGCUUGCCGGCAGAAUGCCUGCCGAAGAGUGAGACAGACUGCACCCGCUAGCCUGCACCUGUGUGGAAGGCUCGAAGGACGGGAAGGCAACGGGCUUUGUAUGCAUGGGUAGUUUCGCCGCGCGGCCGUGGUACCAGGAUGUCGAGCGAGCGGAGACGUUGGAAAGUUUUACGGUCCCCGACCUGAGAAGCAGGCAGUUGCGCCGGCCGGUCAUGUCAAGGCUUUUAUGGCGUGCGUUUUGUUUGUGACAUUUGACGUACCAUCCCAAGAACUCAGUCACGACUAUGGGUUGUAUACAUCAAAAACGCGUUUGUCAUUGUGUACAUGAGUCUUGGUGACCAAAGAUAGCUCGUGAGACCUUCUGGGGUGGUGGUUUCGGUUCUUGGUUUCUCUGCACCCCCUACGCAUGGGAACGUAGCACAAGAAGAGCAGCCGGGACAGAGAUAACCUCGAGCCUCCGACAAUUGUACGUGUGAUCCCUUUGAGAGCGGUACGCGCACGUGUUUGCGCCCCUCUUGGCCGUUGUGCAUUGAGUAUUGAAUACGUGCUACGUGGACAUUUUUUGCGAACAUGGCGUGGAUCCCCGCGCGGGGGGGGGCAAGAGAAUUUGGAAGCUACUUUUACGUUGUUGUGGUUGCAUUCGCGCAGACAGCGUGCGUGUAUACUACAAUACGUGGGUUGGGAAGGCGAAUUGGCGGGUGGCACCCCCGCAGACUCUAAGGGCUCGCUUGGGAUUGGGGGAGAUUGACGGCCCCGUUUUUGAGUAAGAGUAAAGAUAAAAUUACUGCGUUUGGCUGGAAGCCUGGAAGCCAGAACAAAAAACAACGAGCACACAGAAUGACCCCCGUAGGAGAUGGACACGCAAGUGUAACAGAGGGUAGGCAUGGUUACCCUUUUGCCUGCGCGGGACUUUCGUUCGUACCAUCCACUAGCGCUUAGCGGUUGGUCCAAGAACUCUCUCUCUCUGCGGACCGGGCGGAAAUUUUGAUGGCUUUGUAGAGGUGACGAGGUGGCCUGAGGACCGUGGUCGUGUGGUUGUGGAUGCGGGCUGUGUUGAACCAGUCAUGUUCCCGUGUUCGGCAAAAAAUGUGAGGGUUUGGGUGUAUAUAUCGGGUAUGCAACCGCAGCAGCAAGGAAACUACAUGCUCUCAUUUCCAUCUUUAGAGGCUGGGGUGGGAGAGACGCUACUCUCUGGCAGCAGAGGUUCGUAGACUGAGGUGAUUUGUGUUUCGUGAAUGCUUUUCGUCAUGUUUUGUUGAGCAGAUGCUGGAGCAGCGCAGGCAAAAAGUCCUGAAUCCUGCUCUAGGUGGCGCGGCGAUUUCCGUCUGGGGUGUGAUGAACGGUUGGUCGAUAGUUUGAAGAAACAGCGCCGGCUGUGAUGUCGGAUAUGGUCAAUAAGGGUCUAGAUCCCAUGAGGUAGCCUCUGAAGGAGCUUGCAUUGCGAAUAUGGCGGUUUGAUUCACAGAUGUGUCGUGCCUCCAGACAACUUCGGUUGCGCCGUUGCCACAACGACCCUAGUAUGAUAAAAGUCCUUGCUCCUUCAUAGAUUCGAUACAAAUGUUUGUAGGCCAGUAGUCGCGGGAAGUUGAGAGUCAUCAUUUGGUUUUGCCGCUCACUGCUCAGGAAGGAGAACAACUGUUGUUGGUUAGUAGGAGAAAGUGCACAUCCAACGGUGAAUUAAAAGAUACAACAUUUCUGCACCCAACAUGCCGAACCUGGCGUAGAAAGCGUUUUCGUGAUGACCGCGUUCGUGCUACUUGGUGGGGAUUUCUGCGCCUUUUCUCUUGUGUUCUCGGAGUAGAUAUGCCUAGAGUAGACAAUGUUCUGCCGACUGUUGUCGUGAGCUAACACCAUGGGCGACAACCUUACACAGCAACAUGGCGUGGAAAUAACCCAGUCGAGCUGCAGAUACAACACUCGCGACGACGAAGACGAGCUC